ACUUUUGCUAGUCAACAAUGGCAACCGUCUUAGCAGCCCAUACGAUGGCUUCCGCUGCAAUCACUCUCGCAGUCCUAGUACCCUUCAUUCCACCAGCCAUGGCAACGGCCAAGCUACGCGCCAAUCGACGAGCCUCUUUGCCACAGCUUGGCGAUAUCUCUUUCGGAAGGGCAGAUGAGGGUCUCAAAGGCCUCUGAAAGAAGCAGCCGAC